AUGGCGUUUGCUACGUUUAGAAUGGUUUGCUUUCACUGUAGAGAGCCUGGUCAUCAAAUUGCUAAAUGUCCUGCAUUGUUAAAUGAUACAGAACAAGGCACUGGUAUUUGUUUUAAAUGUGGAUCUACAGAACAUAAAGUAAAUGAAUGUUCUACUAAGAUAACAGAUUUUCCUUUUGCAAAAUGCUUUAUUUGCAAAAAACAAGGACAUUUAUCAAGAAACUGUCCAGACAAUCCAAAAGGUUUAUAUCCAAAUGGUGGAUGCUGCAAACAAUGUGGUAAACUAGAUCAUUUGAAAAAAGAUUGUCCAGAGUUGAAAGAAAUGGAAGGUGUAUCUGAGAUGUUGCUACCAACAAUGAAGACAUCUGUAAGCGCAGAUGCUGAAAUUGAUGAAUAUUUUCAAGAGAAAAAGCACCGGCACAAAGUGAUAAAAUUUUAAGAAUUUAAAUGUACAGAUUUGUUUUGUUGUGUAAUAAAGAGAAAACAUCUAAUGUGAAA